AUGCCUGGACCACCUGAGACCGAGAGCUUGUCUGCACUAGAUGGGUCCACGACAGGAACUGCUAUGCCUGGACCACCUGAGACCGAGAGCUUGUCUGCACUAGAUGGGUCCACGACAGGAACUGCUAUGCCUGGACCACCUGAGACCGAGAGCUUGUCUGCACUAGAUGGGUCCACGACAGGAACUGCUAUGCCUGGACCACCUGAGACUGAGAGCUUGUCUGCACUAGAUUGGGUCACGACAGGAAAUGCUAUGCCUGGACCACCUGAGACUGAGAGCUUGUCUUCACUAGAUGGGUCCACGACAGGAACUGCUAUGCUUGGACCACCUGAGACUGAGAGCUUGUCUGCACUAGAUGGGUCCACGACAGGAACUGCUAUGCCUGGACCACCUGAGACUGAGAGCUUGUCUGCACUAGAUGGGUCCACGACAGGAACUGCUAUGCCUGGACCACCUGAGACUGAGAGCUUGUCUGCACUAGAUUGGGUCACGACAGGAAAUGCUAUGCCUGGACCACCUGAGACUGAGAGCUUGUCUUCACUAGAUGGGUCCACGACAGGAACUGCUAUGCUUGGACCACCUGAGACUGAGAGCUUGUCUGCACUAGAUGGGUCCACGACAGGAACUGCUAUGCCUGGACCACCUGAGACUGAGAGCUUGUCCUCACUAGAUGGGGCCACGACAGGAACUGCUAUGCCUGGACGUCCUGAGACUGAGAGCUUGUCCUCACUAGAUGGGACCACGACAGGAAAUGCUAUGCCUGGACCACCUGAGACUGAGAGCUUGUCUGCACUAGAUGGGUCCACGACGGGAGCUGUUAUGCCUGGACCACCUGAGACUGAGAGCUUGUCUUCACUAGAUGGGACCACGACCGGAACUGCUAUCCCUGGACCACCUGAGACUGAGAGCUUGUCUUCACUAGAUGGGUCCACGACAGGAACCGCUAUGCCUGGACGUCCUGAGACUGAGAGCUUGUCUGCACUAGAUGGGGCCACGACAGGAACUGCUAUGCCUGGAUCACCUGAGACUGAGAGCUUAUCUUCACUAGAUGGGUCCACGACAGGAACUGCUAUGCCUGGACCACCUGAGACUGAGAGCUUGUCUGCACUAGAUGGGUCCACGACAGGAACUGAUAUGCCUGGACCACCUGAGACUGAGAGCUUGUCUGCACUAGAUGGGGCCACGACAGGAACUGCUAUGCCUGGACCACUUGAGACUGAGAGCUUGUCUGCACUAGAUGGGUCCACGACAGGAACUGCUAUCCCUGAACCACCAGAGACUGAGAGCUUGUCUGCACUAGAUGGGACCACGACAGGAACUGCUAUGCCUGGACCACCUGAGACUGAGAGCUUGUCUGCACUAGAUGGGACCACGGCAGGAACUGUCAUGCCUGGACCACCUGAGACUGAGAGCUUGUCCUCACUAGAUGGGUCCACGACAGGAACUGCUAUGCGUGGACCACCUGAGACCGAGAGCUUGUCCUCACUAGAUGGGUCCACGACAGGAACUGCUAUGCGUGGACCACCUGAGACUGAGAGCUUGUCUGCACUAGAUGGGUCCACGACGGGAGCUGUUAUGCGUGGACUACCAGAGACUGAGAGCUGUCUGCACAAGAUGGGGCCACGACAGGAACUGCUAUGCCUGGACUACCAGAGACUGAGAGCUUGUCUGCACUAG